AUGUCUUCCUCGUUGCGUCCCGAGUUCUUCGUUCAUCGCUCGGAUGGCAGUAUCACUCCUCUCAUCGCGGUCGAUGAGCUCCCCACCAACAUCACCAUCCACGGUGCCCCUCGCGUGUUGUCUCCAGACCAAACAAAUGGAAUGCUAAGCCUGGGCUUCCUGAAGACGCGCGGUCAUUUCUAUCAGGUUGAAGGCGCUGUGUCUGCGAAUGCUUUACUUCAGCAGAACACUUCUCAGACGACCAAUCCCUCGACUGCUGGGGCUUUGGUCCUCAACAAUGGCGGAAAUGCCGGUGCUGGAAACCAUCAACGUCCUCACAAUCGCAACAACAACAACAACAAAGAGUUUUGCUCUUACUGGGUCCGUCAUGGUGAAUGUGAUUACCAGCAGCAAGGAUGUCUUUACAAGCAUGAGAUACCUCUUGACCGUGCUGGGCUGGAAAAACUCGGUCUACGUGACAUUCCCCGCUGGUAUCGUGAGAAGUACGGCAUCCCAAGCCUGCAGAACGGACAUGGACAUCCGCGCCCCCAUACUGCAAACAAUCAUGAGGUGGCUGUUAGAUCAAAUCAUUUCCCUCCCCAGCUGGGAAUCAACGGAGCGGGAGAGCGUUCCAACUUCGAUGGAAAUGCAAACCAGAUAUCUCCAGCCUAUUUACCCCAGCAACAGCAGCAUCAGCAAACGGCCCUCCUCCCACCACCUCCAUUUAAUCCUUUAGCCUCGUCCACCGCUCCGUUUACCCCAGGACAGGCUCCACGAAGCUCCUCUGGUCAGUUUCACACUGGCACUAUGAAGCAGGACCUGAUCUCCUUUGAUCAAACAGAUUUCUUGUCCGGGAACGCCUCGCCCUACCGUCCGUCGUCGAAGGAAACCGGUUUUGUUCAGGCAUCUGCGAAGACUCAGCACGAGGAAGUACGUCUGAACUAUCACGGCCUCACAUUGAAUACCACUGCUGCAAACGCAGACUAUCUCCCGGGUCAUUUUGACUCCCCCGUGAACUCAACCGGCUUCAAGGCCUCGACGCGCUCUCGCCGUCUGUACGAGGCGCCCGAAUGUGGCGCACCCAAGCUAGCUGAAGCGACUACCUUGCACGCGUAUCAUAACCAGGCCACAGCCUCGUCGAACGGCACCUCACCGGCCUCCAAGACCACCGGCUCUGUGCUCCCCAGCCCCGUGACAGACGUCCGUCGCGGAAGCACCAACUCAAACCCAUCCACUCGUGGUCCAUCCCCAAACGGCCCGUCUCCUGGCACUAGCCCUGGCUUUUUCCGCGGCCGAGGACGGAAUCCUCGAGGUCAUGGCAAGGUGUAUGGUGCUGUCGGCGCGAAGAAAACCAAUGGCAAACAGUCUGCUGAUUCCUCCGAGGAAGACUUGUACUUUCACGGCAAGAAGUAA